AUGUUGCUCAAAUGUAAAGUAUUCCAUAGUGGUUUUAUUUUUGAAAUUUUAGACAAACUACUUUUUAAGUUUGAAGAAAAGCAUAUUGAUCUAAUUCUAAGUAUCUUAAGAACUAUAGGAUUUAAUCUUAGAAAAGAUAAUCCUACAUUAAUAAAAAAGUUGUUAUUAGACAUACAAAAAAAAAGUUCAGAUACUUGUGAAUCAACAAUAAGCUCUAGAGUAAAAUUUAUGUUGGAAAUUCUAUCAGSUAUAAAAAAUAAUAAUGUAAAUAAAAUACCUACAAGUUCAGAACAAUGUUACUCAACAUACAUUGAGCAUAUACAAAAAGUUAUACGUACUUACUACAAAUAUAAUAAAACUCCAGCAGAAUUAGCUAUAUCCUAUGAAGAUUUACUUAAUGCUGACAAUAAAGGUCGUUGGUGGAUUGUUGGUUCAGCAUGGAAGGGAGAUGAACAGAAAAAUAAUAAUAACUUACAAAAAAAAGAUAUGUACGAUAAAAAACUACUGGAUAUGGCAAAAAAAUAUCGAAUGAAUACUGAUACAAGGAAAAAUAUUUUUUGUAUUUUAUUCACUGCUGAGGACUAUUUGGAUGCUUUUAACAAACUUGUUCGUUUGGGUCUGAAAGGUCUUCAACAAGAAGAAAUUGUCAGUGUAUUAAUUCAUUGUUUACUAGUUUAUAAAGUGUAUAAUCCAUUUUUUGCAUAUGUUGCACAACAAUUGUGUCAAUCCAAUAGAAAAUAUCAAGCAUUUUUCAAAAAAUCAAUAAAUGUGCGUUUAGAAGAAAUUGACAAUUUGAAAAAAAAUCAAAUACCAAUUCUGGCAUCAUUUUUAGCCCAAAUGUUGCGCAAUAAUUCACUCCCAAUCACAAUUUUAAAAAAUGUUGACUGGGGUAGCCUGAAUAAACUUAUGGUGAGUUUCGUUCGACAGACUUUAAUUAAAGUGUUGCAAGAUAUCRAUGAAGAAGAAACCACCCAUAUAUUUAUAAAAGCAUCAAAAAAUCCUACAUUGCAGUUUUUCCGUGAAGGUCUUACAUUAUUUUUAAGUCAUUUUCUUAUUAAAAAUGCAUCAAAAGACAUCAGUGAUAGUAAAUUAGAAUUGUUAACACACAAAGUAAAAGUUGCACAAGCCGCAUUAAACCACUCCUAAUGUGUGCA